AUGAAUCUGGCCAACACGACCCAGCUCGAAAGUUGCGAGAGUUUAAUACGCCUAUUGAACCUAUCGAUUGUACAACUGAUGUAUCGAUCUCUGUGCAAAGAGCGAUCAGCAUUUACGGAUAAAGAAUUCACUGGUGAUGCCGUAAUUGUUAUGUAUAUUGGACAUGGUGAAGAAGAACACGUCUUGAUUAAGUAUGGUGCCAAUAAAGUAGACUUAGACGAUGAUAUUAUUAAGUUUCUCCCUGAAGAUUUAAAGGAAGAAGUGAUUAAUGCCAGAACCAAAUGUAAGGAACAUGUAUUUCUCUUUGGUAUGUCACCCAUGGACGAUGAGCACUACAAUAAAAACAUUGGGGCAGCAUAUAUUAUCUGUUCGAGUAGUGAAGGUUAUGAGGCUUAUUAUUAUGAGUUUGUCAAAGGGAUUUCUACAACAAUAUUUGGCCGCGUAUUUAUGCAGUGCCUGGCUCAGCAUGCGUGCACACUUAAUUUGCAACAACUAUUUAACAAGACCUAUGCUGAUAUGGCCACCAUAAGUGUUAUAGAACAACGGCCUGUUAUGCGCCAAUUCAAUGUCACCAAGGACUUAUAUUUUAACCCUGGCCUGCCUGAAAAUGUGGACAAUUAACUCACAAAAACACAACAAUCUUAAUUAACUGGAUAUAAAUUUAGUGAAAAAUUAAAAUUAUUUUACUACAUUAAGUUCUAAAUUCAAAAUUAUCCAACAAUUUCCAAAACUUUCACUCAAUUUUAAUCCAGA